UUUUAACACUAUAUUUACGGCCUAUACUACUGCUUGAAAGGAGGAAGCCCACGACUCUUCCGCCAUGGCUCUCGAGGCGCUUUUGUCGACCAGAGCCCAAAGGUUCUUCAUGGUUACAAUUCUCUUGCAGGGAUUUGUCGUGCUAGCAAUGGUCGCCACAGUCUUUGCAUUUGUGGAAGAGGAUGUGGACCUCACGCUGCCCCAGUACAAGACUGUGCCGUGCUAUCUUGCACUCUUCAUCCUUGCCGAGAUAUUCGAACUACUCAUGGCCUUUGACGCUUUACGGCUACGAAACGUUAUCCAACUCAUGGGCAUCCUAGGAUUCCACCUUGGUCUCAUUGUCUUCGCUGCAAUCCAAAUACACGAGACAAGAGCGGCAUUGGUCAGACCAAAACCCCAGAACGCUUCGCAAGGAUCCGGCCCUGGGUCGCUCUGGGAGAAGGUCCUGCCAUAUCUCAUCGUCUCGCCAUGCAUUCUUGGAGCGUCAUGGCUCGCUCUGGUGUUCUGGAUUAGGGAACUCUACUUCGAAUUCGGGUGGGCAAUAUUCCACGUCGUCGGUGCCAAUCCCGCGAUGAAGACCAUGUACCAGUUCUACCAGAUCAUGAUCUGCUUGCUCAAGUUCGACUUCUUCUGCUUCAUCGGUGUCACAACACAGCUGUUGAUUGUUGUACUCCAAACAAACUCGGCCGAGUUUGGAGUGACUAUUGCCGCCAUCCCAGUUGUGCUAUUCCUGCUUGUAGGCGCAGGCAUAGCCGUGCAACGCGAGAUCAAAUGGCUCAUGUCAAUAUCGCUCGUGAUGAUGCUUGCGGCUGAGUCAUAUUUCAUCUUCAAGCUUGUACGCUUCUACGAGCCAUCAUCGCGAGAGCAAUACCAGACGACGCGGACGACACUAACGGUGUUCACCAUCCUCGCCUUUUUGCUCCUAUUUGCAACGUUCGCUGUCGGCCUGCGGUGCUUCGCAGACUUCGACAAGGGACUUCAGAGCUCCAAGACGCACGGUCAGUCCUACCGCCCGGUUGCGACGAAGCUCACGAAGCUCGACCUCUUCGGAGCCGACGACGACACUGAGGGUGGCACGCAAAUGCAAUACAGCGAUGGCGCACAGCUGCAGCCGCGCAUAUCGAUCGAGUAAGGCACGCCCACAUCGUCUGUAUCGAAAACGAAAACAGAGACGACCAUAACGACCCGACUGCGACUUCGAUCCGUAGGUGUACCACCUUGCCAUGCUAUCCAAUGCUACAGCACAUCUCUUAUGUUGGCUGUAACGGACCUUUCGUGCAUAAUUUGUCUAACUUAUCACUGCCUUCUUUCGACUUUAUGUACCUGCGCUCUCACGAGGACUCUGUCAGGGUGGUAUUAUGUGCUAGCUGUAAUGGUUACAUGUAGCGGAGGGUUAUGUCGAAUGGGUGCGAGCCCGGGCUCCCUAUGAAACGCUGUGUCUGUUCGCAGACCAGUGCGUUCUAGUCGAUGUGUCAGCCGUUGCUGUUCUGUAACUCCGACCAUGCAUUUCAUGGCAAUGAAGUAAUAGAAUAGGCCAUCUUCUAGGAGAGUU